GCUCCAUCCCUCCGCGGUCCCGACUCCAUCCUGCCCGCCUUGGUGCAGCAGCCGCUGUCCUCGCUUUCCGCCCAGCCCGGGGCUCCGCGCGCCCUCCUGCCUGCGGUCCCCUUCCUGCUCUCGGCGCUGCCUCCCUCGGAGUCCCUCUGCCUACCUCCUCUUCCUCGCGGGGGGCCGCUCUCGCCGCCUCCCGGCCCUGUCCCGGAGCGCGGGCCUGUGGGCUCGGUGGCAUGGGUGGCGGGUGGGCAGUGUGGGAUGGGCCCAGCUCCCCCACCCCUGGGUUCCCUCCCCACCCCCAGCUCGUCUCCUGCGCACAACAGUAAAGGCUGACAGUCUGGGUCACAGCUGAGGAAGACCUCAGGCAUGGAGUCCAGGAUGUGGCCUGCACUGCUGCUGUCCCACCUCCUCCCUCUCUGGCCUUUGCUGCUGCUGCCCCUCCCACCAGCUGCUCAGGGCUCCUCCUCCUCCCCUCGAGCCCCUCCAGCCCCAGCUCGCCCCCCAUGUGCCAGGGGAGGCCCCUCGGCCCCACGUCAUGUGUGUGUGUGGGAGCGGGCACCUCCACCAAGCCGGUCCCCCAGGGUGCCCAGAUCACGAAGGCAAGUCCUGCCGGGCACUGGCCCGCCUGCCACCCCAUCAGGCUUUGAGGAGGGGCCUCCCUCAUCCCAGUACCCCUGGGCUAUUGUGUGGGGCCCCACUGUGUCUCGAGAGGAUGGGGGAGACCCCAACUCUGCCAAUCCUGGAUUUCUGCCCCUGGACUACGGUUUUGCAGCCCCCCAUGGGCUGGCUACCCCACACCCCAACUCUGACUCCAUGCGGGGUGACGGAGACGGGCUCAUCCUUGGAGAAGCACCUGCCACCCUACGGCCAUUCCUGUUUGGGGGCCGGGGGGAAGGUGUGGACCCUCAGCUCUACGUUACAAUUACCAUCUCCAUCAUCAUUGUUCUUGUGGCCACGGGCAUCAUCUUCAAGUUCUGCUGGGACCGCAGCCAGAAGCGGCGCAGGCCCUCGGGGCAGCAGGGCGCCCUGAGGCAGGGGGGGGGAGGGGGGGAGAGCCGCCAGCCACUGACAGACCUGUCCCCGGCCGGAGUCACUGUGCUGGGGGCCUUCGGGGACUCGCCUGCCCCCACCCCUGACCAUGAGGAGCCCCGAGGGGGAUCCCGGCCUGGGAUGUCCCAGCCCAAGGGGGCUCCAGCCUUCCAGUUGAACCGGAUCCCCCUGGUGAAUCUGUGAUGCACCCCAAUGUUGGGGUGCGGCCAAGCAAGAGGCCGAGGGGCCAGCAUGGCCCCACCCCACUGAGGGAGGGCAGCCAUGGGGAGCUGGGCCCAAGGUGCCCGGCUGCUGCCCUGCACCACCUGGAACACUCGCUGGCCCUCGGGCGGCUCUGCCAGCUCGCCCUCUUGUAGGUGGGGGCCUCACGCAUUGUGACUUCGAGUCCCCAGUCCCCACCCCUGCACACUCACAUGAAAGCCUUGCACACUCACCCACCCUCAUGGGCACCACGUAUACCCAUGCUCUGGAACGGCUGGGCGGCUGUACCCUCUCCCUGUCCUCGUCUCUGCUCAGCUGAUCUCACGGUCUCCUCUCGUCGCACCCUCCCCCUUCUCCCCAUGUCGCGUGCUCAGCCUGUCACCCGCGGCCAGUGCUCCACGCACGCUGCCCCUCGUGCAUUCCUGGGCCUGCAGUGGCGUGGCCUGCUCACUGGCUCCUGGACGCCCACGGACCGGGCUCCUGUGGCCCUGCAUGCUGCCCGGGAGGGGUGGGUGGCAAGCUGGGCUCCUCUUGCCUUCAUCUGUCAUGGGCCCAUCCCAUUCCACGUCACUGUCAGCGUCACCCCCAUCCCACUGAAGGGCGCUGGUGUUACCCCGAGGGCUCCCGCAGGAAGCAGGCAAGGCCCCAGACCUCGCCCUACCCCACUGCUCAAUUCUGCUGUCUGAGACACGGUUUGGGGGAGUCGUCUGCUGCACUCCAUGAGAAAGGGACUUCCAUUCGUCCUUCCCUUCCUCCAAGUCCCUUGUCUUGUCUGUCUUGGCUGUCUGUAUGUGUGUCACUCUCUGGAACCCAGAGCCCCCUGAGCCAGCCCUCCUGGUCCCAGUCUCCCUGAGGGCCUCGCCUAGGCUGCUGGGACUGGAGCCAGCUGGUUCAAGGCCAUCGGGGGCUGCUCCACAUUGCUCCCUCCUGCCCCCCCCUCCUCUUGCCUCCCUUUCCUGUCCCUCCCCUCAGGCUCUUCCCCCUCCUCCCCAGGC